AUGGAGAAGGGCGGUAUAUGCCUGGGCGCGGAAGGCCCAUCUCUCUCCGUAGUGCUCAUUGUGGGCAAGACAGUCAAGGUGCUUCGCGGCAACAUUGAUAUCUCCGGACAACAGAUGCCAAAGAGCCCACGAGAGGAUCAACGAAGCAGUAUCAUCCAAGACGACAAGCGAGACCUGACGCUGGCGUUCCUCAAGUCUGCUUCGGAUGGAAUGCAGGAGAGCUUCACUUAUUUUUGUUACAAGGAAGGAUUCGACCCCAACCUUCUUCGUCUUGGGACGCUGGUUUUAGAUUACGCCAAUCCGCGGACAAAGAAGCCAUAUGUUCAUCGGGAGGUCAAGGAGAAGAGCUUCGGGAUUGGAGUUGGUCUUCAGCCCCUGCUCGAGCUAGAAAACUCGCAUCGAGCGGCCGCGACCCAUCUGGUGGUUGGAAAGAACGGGUCCAAGGUUGAGCUGAUCGACCCUGAUGCUUUCUUCGGACAGGUCUUGGCUGAGAACGAGGCCCGCAUUUGGCUCCAAACCCGCCUGUCCGUAGCCCACAAGCUCAAGGCCCUGUACAAGAAUCUCGUUAGUGCCCCGAAGAUCUGGAUGCUUACCGGGAUCUAUUUGAUAGAGGACGCGGUAACCUUUUCUGUCACCUCCAAGUCAAGCUCGGGCACCCUAGCCGGAUCCGACCCACUCGCCGAGUGCACAGGCAUAGCAGCGCUGCUGGGUGUGUCCCGCGGCGCGAAGGUCAGUCUUGGGGAGAAGCUUGAGGCGCUGGCAGGCACGCAGAUACUUGGGAAGAGAGUAUGGGCUUCGCAGUGGAAGCAGGUCCACGCGAGAUACGCUCUGGGUUCGUCAUCGUUGCUGGCAGCCACCUACAACUUGCGCCUGUUGGACAUUUGGGGUAUUGGGACACAAAGAGGCUCGGGAGAUGGAGACAUUUUUGCGCAAGUCAGCAUGUGUGACGGCCAGGAUCCAGAAAGCUGGGCCGCUGAGGAGGGUAAGGUGGAGUACAGCGAAGACGUGUGGAAGGUGUUCAUGGCGGAGGUGGAUGGGCUGUUAGAUGAUUUAGAGGAGUAA